GAGGAAGUCAAUCGCAACAGCACCCAAGCAGGUCCACGAUGGCGUCGUUUCGAAGCCACAGCGCAGCCGCGGCAUCAUUUGGCGCGUCAGGAAACUACCUAUCGCGCAGCGGAACGUCCUUCACGCGCCACAUCCUUCGCGUGCAACUGCACAAAGCGACGGAUUUGGCAGCCGGUGACUUUUCGCUCCUGGGCCGGCACUCCAGCGACCCGUAUGUGGUGCUCACGGUCGGCAAAGAGAAGCACAAGAGCGUAGUGAUCCCCAAGACUCUUGCUCCUGUGUGGUCCGACGACUCUGUGUUCGACUUCCACGUUACGGACGGCGAUCUCUUCACAAAGGUGUUGGACGUCCAAGUGUUUGACGAGGAUAGCCGCAAUGACGACUUGCUCGCCACGCUUGCUUUACCACUCGCCCAAUUCGCCACGCAACCUCCAACUUCUGCCGCUCGCCCGAAAUCGUACACGAUGCAGGUUCCAGCGGCGUUCGCCAAGCAAAAGGUCUCGACGCAGAUCGUUCUUUCGAUCCACUUGAUGGACGACGGCGACGUUGUCGACAACCCAAGGCUGUACAUCCCGCGUCAUUUCAAAGUCACCCUGCACAAAGCGACAGACCUCCCCGCCGCCGACUUUGCCUUGUUUGGAAAAGGGAAAAGCGAUCCGUACGUUGUGUUCACCAUCGGGUCCCAGCGGUUCAAGAGCGACACAAUCAGCAAGAAUCUCAACCCCGUAUGGUCAACUACGCCGGUUUACGAGUUUGACUUGACGCAAGAUGAUCUGUUCACCCAAGUGCUCGACAUUCAAGUGUUCGACUCGGAUCAUGGCAUGAGCGCGGAUGACCUGAUCGGGACGUUGUCGAUUCCGUUGGCACAAUUCGACGUCGUCGACGCCGCCACUCCCGCGCCGCGCAUGCGACCGUAUCUUCUCAACGUCCCUGACGAGUACCUCAAGCAGAACGUCCAUCCCCAGCUCUACCUCACCCUCGACAUGGACCCGGCCCCGUUUGUCGAUUCUGCGGGCGAUUCGGAAACGCACAACACGAUGCCGCCAGACUUGGCCAAGGCCAUGGAGGCGAUGCAAGCUGAAAUUGCCGCCCUCAAGCUGUCGAGCCAAGGGAUGGUGAAGAAGAUGGAAGAGGAGAUCGCAGUGUCCCCGGCAGCCGAUUCUCCUGCGUCCCAACCAGAGCCAGAGACGGAGGGCGAUGUGAAAAAGCGCGCGCUGGUCAACGAGCUCCACGGUUUGCUCAAGCUUCCUCCGAUCAAAACAUUUACCAAGUUGCAAGUGUCGUCGACGGCGGACGGGGCCGCGUUGCAGUGGCAAAACGAAAUCGAGCACCUCAAGACUCAGUUGGCCCAGCAGAAACGCCUGAACGAAAUGCUGGCGGCUCAAGACACGAGCGCCAACGCGGACAAGGAAGAAGUCGAACGACUCAAACGCGAAGUCGAGCUUCACAAAGCGACUCUUGCGGCGGCCCAGUCCAUGAUGGAGGAACAGUUGCUGCGCGAAGCGGAGACUCAGAAGGAGCUCAAGAUUCUCAAGAGCAUCUCCGCCGUCCGCACGUCAUCGUCGUCAACAUUUGGAGCUGUGACGGCGCCUCCGCCAGCACCGAUGAGUCCCCGGUCCAAGUCGACGUCCGAUGUCCACAAGGCGGACGACGAUGAAGGCGAAGAUGAGUCACUGUGGCUGUAACGCGGACUUUCUUUUACAAACGCAGGCUAUAUUACCUUUUCUUUUUGCUAAUUUUUUCUUCAUGUCGAUGGCAAUUACGUCGAAGUAUUGGAAAAAAUGGUCAGUUUAACAGCAUAUGAAACAAGAAAAAAG